AUGCCCAAUAAGAUUGCUCUUCUUGAAGAAGCCGAAAAGCGUGUCCUCCGGGAUGUGAAAACGCCCUUGAAAACUCAUAUGGUUAAAAUUCCAAGGAAUUUUCUCGAAACCAAGGAUAUUAGCAGUCCAAAGAACAAGAAUGGGAAAACAUGGGACAUCAGUACUAUUUCUUUCACAAAUUUGGAGAAGGAAAAGCCCAUUUGCGUACUUGUACAUGGAUGGGGUGCCGGUAAAGGAAUAUACGUUCAGUCAUUUGAUGAUCUAGCCUCUGUCUAUGAAGUCCAUGCGAUAGAUUUACUGGGAUGGGGCAGAAGCUCAAGGCCAUGCUAUAAAUAUGGCGAUGAUCCAUCAAAAGUGCAGAGAUGGUGGGUCGAGAGUUUGGAAGCGUGGAGAGUGGCAAUGGGAAUAGAAAAGUUUACGCUUGUCGGACAUUCUAUGGGAGGAUUUGUUGCAGCAUCAUAUGCGCUAAAAUAUAAACAGCAUCUUGACAAGCUCGUUCUUGUAUCCCCAAUAGGUCUCCAAGGUUUCCGAACUCCAGACUUUUCAAUUUCUUUCGCACAAUCCAUACUCAUAUCUUCGGUAUGGUCGCUUACGCCUCAGCGCAUAGUCAGCAUGCUGCCACGUAAACGCACAAUCAGUUAUUUAUCCAGACAAAGAGUUGAUCUGCUGGAAGCAUUUCCGUAUACAGAUAGAACCAUUAUGCAUUACUUUUAUUAUCUCGCGGUACAGUCGCCUAUAUCCGGCGAAGCCGCAUUCAAACGGUUAGGAACACCGUUCAAAGGAUGGCAUUUACCGCUAAAAGAUGAGUUACAUAAUCUUGGUGAUUUACCAGUUGUGUUGAUGUACGGUGAGGAUGACUGGAUGGAUCCGUCGUUUGCCGUGUAUGAGCUGAAAGCAAAAAUCUUACCCCAAGCUAAAGUGUAUAUAUUACCUGAUUCUGGCCACCAUCUAUAUGCAGAGAAAUGGAUGGAAUUUAAUGAGAUUGUGAUUAAUGGAGAAAAGGCAUAUCCUGGUUGCUGGAUUAGAGAAUUUAAUCCUGCUGUAGAUCCGCUCAAGAAAC